AUGAAUCAAUCCGGCAUAUCUUUCAACGUUGCGAAGAAAGCCGAGUCUAAAGUAAAGUCUAAAGAAAGUGUUCCGGACAUUUCAUAUGACAAUGAAGAAGGUGAAAAGAAAAGACACAUCAAGAAGAACAGGAAACUUGUUGUACCAUUGCCAUCAAAUAAUAACCAAAGGUUAGUAGAUGGACAAAAUGGCCUCAGCGGUGUAAUGGGUGUAAGUGAGAAAAGGCAAACACCGGACAGUGCAGAGCCUUCUGAUCUGAUUAGGAAGCUGAUGAAGAUGGCUGAUAGGGAUGAUGCCACAUUUAAAAAAGAUCUAGAUUCUUUAAAUGAUGAAGACUCUGAAGAUUAUAGUGAGGUAGCCAUUGAAGAUUUUGGGCUUGCCAUGUUGAGAGGAAUGGGAUGGAAGGAUGGUGACAAGAGUAGAGUAGACUCUGAGAAAAUUCUUCUGAAACCUCGAACUUUUGGUCUGCCUACAGAUCAGAAAGAUGAACUGUCUGAUGACGAUCGAAACGAGAAGAGGAAGAGGAAGAAAGACGAUCAACAUGACGACGACGAUGACGUCAUCAACAGCGGUGGUGCUGUCAGUGGUGGCAGUAGGAGUAGAGAUAAAUUUAAAAUGAAGAAAGGUCAAUGGUGUGCUGUGAUAGGUGGAAAGUAUAAGGGGAAGUCUGGGAAAAUAAUGGGAUUUGAGGACAACAAUUCCUGGGUGAUUGUUAAGCUGCUCCCGUCUGAUGAUUUUAUAACCGUUCGGGAUUACCAUGUUUCCAUCGAAGAUUCACUCAACGACGAGGUGAAUUCGAGGAGGUGUGCACCGAUCGAUCGCCAAGAAUGCCACGAACACCAUUCCAACGAGCACGGCCAUUCAAAGCAUAAUGAUAAAUCACACCAUAAAAAAACGAGUAAGACUCACUGGUUGCGAAACGGUAUCGUUGUACGAAUCAUCAGCCGAGAUUUUAAGGAAGGCAGAUACUACAAGCAAAAAGCAGUUAUUGAAGACGUCACAACGCCACGUACAUGCACGUGUAGAACUGACAAUAACAUAAUGCUAGAAGAUUUGGACGAAGACAUGUUGGAAACAGUCAUACCAAGAGAGGAAGGCUCUCAUGUCAUGAUCGUUAAAGGUCUUUACAAAGGACAGAUCGCCAUCAUGCUGGGAAGGAACAAAAAGGACGAAACUGUUUUCGUUAAUUUAUUGGACGACAAUUCAAAAUCAUUAACGCUAACUUUCAACGACAUCUGCCAGUGUGCAUCUUGA